CAAAUUGGUCGAAAAGCGUGUUCCAUCGAGUUUGUGCCCCGUGAUCUUCGGCGAAACGUUGCACCGGAAGAGACCGACGACGCGGCGGCGCAGUCAGAGUUGAAAGGUUGUCAAAGUUGGUUAACGUCGCGCUAAGCUAGCAGCCGGGGAACCUGUCAGAAAUAUCAUUCAAAUGUCCGAUUCAGAAGAACCCGUGGAGGUGGCUGCUCCCUGCGUGCUCGUCACUAGCUGCGACGGUGGUUUUAAAGAAGAGGAGCUGAUAAAACAGAUCCUCAACACGAAGACUUUACCAGAGCCGACCAAGCGAGAGGAGACAGUCGCCUGGUAUCCGUGGGAAAUCAACAAUAAAUAUUAUACAGCAGAUGUCAGGCUAUGUGUUGUACCAAGCACUUUCCAGAUGUCGUCAGAGAUUGCCCAGUCCACGCAGGCGUUCAUCGCUUAUUUUGACAGUAAAGUGGAGGAUGGUUUAGAAAAACUACAUCCUUGGAUAUCAGUGGUGGAAGAUCUUGCUCCAGAGGUGCUCAUCCUGGUGUGCGACAGAGUUUGUGAACAUGGUGUCACCAGACAUGAAGCGCAGCAGUGGUGUUUGGCUCAUGCCUUUGAGCUGGUGGAGCUCAAUCCACAGGAGCUGCCGGACGAAGAUGAUGACUUUCCAGAAUCCACCGGCGUAAAGAGAAUUGUCCAGGCUCUCAAUGCAAACGUGUGGUCCAGUGUAGAGAUGAAAGAUGGGCACAAUCAGGGGUUUGGUCUGAUGAGCAGUUUGGUGGCCUCCAGACACAACAACCCACGCAGCUGCCAAGAGCCAGCAUCUUCUAGCCUGCCAGUAGAGGGCCCCCUUGUUAAUGAGGCCAACCAUACAGAGAGUAGUACAAACACAGACACACAAGAAGAACAAGUAGUUGAUGCGAUGACUGAUUUGGACAUUCAGGAACUGGCUAAUCUGACAGCUGGAGAUGCAGAUGUGGAUAACUUUGAACGCCUCUUCACCAAGUUAAAAGAGAUGAAAGAUAAAGCGUCUUCAUUACCUCACGAUCAGAGAAAAGUUCAUGCGGAAAAGGUAGCGAAAGCGUUUUGGAUGGCCAUCGGUGGUGAUGUAGAUGAGAUAGAUGGAUUAUCAUCGGGUGAGGAAAGCUAAGAAAUAGCUACAUGUUGACUCUCUUCUUCUGAUCCUCCUCCUUUUCCUGGGACUCCAUCAACAUCCAGUGCCCUUUCACCUGCUUCUUGCACUUGGAAAGUGGAGAUGCUUACAGAUGGUGCUGUAGGCAUAGUCAUGUUUAGAAACUUUUGAUUAUUAAAAUGAAAGUGAGAAGCAAAUGGAAAUCAUUAAUAGGGAGAUAAAGCCAGUGAGUGGCCCUGACCCCCGGUCUUAUUUCCUGGGUCCUGUCACUAUGCUUUACACCCAGAGUGAACCGCAACACGUGAUGGUGUUUCAGAUGGAAAAAAAUCCCCAUGAAAUUAAACUAUGUUGGCUUUGAUUUAUGUAUUUGUCCUUUAGGUGCAGUUGUCACACAUAUUUUCCAAGUGACAUAAUGUGCCUUAGAAGAGCUGUAAUGCACAUUCUGUUGAAUCAACAUAAAGAUUGUGAUUUAAAUGUUUUUCUGCACCCAGCACUAAAUACAUCAAGUUCAGUCAUG